GCCUUUAGUAUACCUCCGACCGGCAACGAGAGGGUACGCCUCUCGCGCACUCCGCUCCCUCUAAUCGCGUGCCGCAAGGAAAAUCCAUUCCUCAAUUAAAUCGCGAGUGAAAACCUCUUAAGGUUUAGUGUUUUGAUAUUUUACUCCUGUGACGUCAUCGCCGCACCUGAAUUGGACUGUUUUCGUACCAGCGCGCGUCGAUACGGCCACUGAAACAAGAUACGUUUGAGGGUUAAAUAGAAAAAUUCAACUGAAAAUAUCUGGAUCUGAAACAAUUCAAGAAAUGUGGGGCAACACCCGACCUGAAAGUCAGCACGAGCCCACCGAGACCUACAACUAAACCUGCCAUGACCUCCGAGGAAUCCAUCGAUGUCGUCACAAAAAAGAACGACACCAAAAAGACGGAUGAUUGCGCUAAUUUCUCGCAACAAAUACAGAAAAACGGCAAAAGAGAAACGGCAGGCGACGAAGCGAGACAGAGAAGAUCGCAAGAUCUCAUGCGGCUGAUGUAUGAAAUUCCCGAAGAUAUAAGUAAUCCAGAAUUCAAUGAAAACAACAAUAUGUUGAAAGAAAACCCACCAAUCACUAUCGUCGAGAUCACAGAGCAAAAUGGUUGUGAAACAGAUUUAGAAAGUGCCAGACAAUGUGAUAAUGAUUAUAUUAAUGUAAUAGAUGGGUCUAGUCCAGAAAACUUAGGUAAUAAAGUCGUACUUGAUGUUUUAGCUACUAAUGAACUUAUAAUGCAAUGUUCCGAUGAUUUCAAAGAGGUUAUAGACAGAUCUUCGCCAGACGACGUGAGUGAAGAUGACUUGGCUGAAUUGAAGAGGCUUUUGGAGAGUAAGCCAAGAGUUUUGGAGAAAUAUAUAAGGGAAUGUGCGAGUACAGACGAAGUACAGAGGCUUCAUAGUUUGACGUUGUCUGGACCUCUAUCGCCGAGGCCGAGGCAUGAAGCGCGGAGUACAUCCAUGACGUCAGACUUAAUCCAACUUUGGCUGGCGUCGUCUCCCGUUAAGAGAUCCAGGUCCCCGAGCGGCUCAGCAACGCAGCAGCAGCUAGAUGAGGCAGACCUGUUCAUGGACCUCAUCAAGGAUGUCGCCAACGAGCUGGACAUCGACGUGCUUUGUCAUAAAAUUCUGGUAAACGUGUGCACCCUAACAUCAGCAGACCGCGGGAGUUUGUUCCUUGCCAAAGGAAUGCCUCCGAACAGAUACCUGCAAGCGAAAUUGUUCGACGUCACCCGACACACAGAACUGACUGAAGCAUUAAAAACAGCACGAUCACAGGAGAUCAAGAUCCCGUUUGGAAGAGGCGUGGCAGGGUUGGCGGCACAGACGAAGAACCCCAUUAACAUCAAGAAUGCGUAUGCUGAUGAAAGGUUCAAUAAGGAAAUCGACGCUCGAACAGGCUACAAGACGGAACUUAUACUAUGUAUGCCUAUAUGUAACUACGAGGGUGAUGUGGUUGGUGUGGCGCAGAUUAUUAAUAAGACUGAUGGUUCCAAAGAAUUUUCUCCACACGACGUGGAAGUGUUCCGGCGAUACCUCACAUUCUGCGGGAUCGGGAUCCAAAACGCCCAACUGUUUGAGUCCUCCGUUCUCGAGUACAAGAGGAACCAAAUAUUGCUGGCUCUGGCCAGGAGUAUCUUCGAAGAACAGAGCAAUUUGGAAUGUUUGGUCACGAAGAUCAUGACAGAAGCCAGGGAGUUGCUGAAAUGUGAUCGCUGUGCCGUCUUUAUUUUGGACACAGAUCAUUGUGAAUCGAGCCACUUGGAACGCAUCCUGCAGCGUCCAGGCACCAACCUAUCGACGAUCCCAGCGUUACCUCCCCCCGCGCCGACCCGCUUCAACACCCUCUUCGAGCUCGCAGCCAAGCAGUCCAAGACCACGCUCACGCCCAGACACGACAUCAAGUCUACUCUCGCCUCUAUUGCCUUGAAGGUAGCCCAAUCCAACAAAGCCCUCAACAUAUCGAACGUGGAUGAAUGGAGAAGGGAGAAUAAUAUGGAGAGUGCUGAUCCUAUCAACGAUGACGCAGUGAACGUCCGGACCAUGCUGUGUAUGCCUAUUGUCAAUGCGAAUAAGGACGUUAUUGGCGUGGCACAGCUCAUCAAUAAGGAAAAUGGCUCUCAAUUCACAGAGGGUGACGUUUCGAUAUUCGAAGCAUUCGCCAUCUUCUGCGGUCUGGGCAUCCACAACACGCAGAUGUAUGAAAAUGCCUGCAAACUUAUGGCCAAACAGAAGGUGGCGCUAGAGUGUCUGUCAUACCACGCCACAGCAACGAGCGAGGACACUGACAAACUGUGUCGUGACGUCAUACCUUCAGCAGAGACAUACAACCUCUACAGCUUCCAGUUCCAUGACUUGGAGCUCUCCGAUGAAGACACGUGUAGGGCGACUUUAAGAAUGUUCCUUCAGUGUAACCUCGUUGAGAAAUUCCAUAUACCGUAUGAUGUCUUAUGCCGAUGGAUAUUAAGCGUAAAGAAGAACUAUCGCCCAGUGAAAUACCACAAUUGGAGGCACGCACUGAACGUAGCACAAACUAUGUUCGCCAUGUUGAAAACCGGCAAAAUGGAGCGGUUUAUGGCCGAUUUGGAGAUCCUUGGUCUACUGGUCGCUUGUCUAUGCCACGAUCUAGACCACAGGGGAACGAACAACGCUUUCCAGACGAAAACUGAGAGCCCUUUGGCGAUAUUGUACACAACAUCGACGAUGGAACAUCACCAUUUCGACCAGUGUGUCAUGAUAUUGAACAGCGAAAGUAAUAAUAUAUUCCAGGCGCUAUCUCCCUGCGACUACAAAACAGUAAUGCGGGUAGUUGAGACAGCCAUCCUGUCGACCGACCUGGCCAUGUACUUCAAGAAGAAGGAUAACUUCAUCAAACUCGUAGACAAUGGAGAAUUCGAUUGGCAGAGUUCAGAGAAAAAAGAAUUGCUAUGUGGCAUGAUGAUGACGGCGUGCGACGUGUCGGCGAUCGCGAAGCCGUGGGAGAUCCAGCACAAGGUGGCCAAGCUGGUCGCGGACGAGUUCUUCGAUCAGGGAGACUUGGAGAAAUUGCAGCUCAACCAGCAGCCCAUUGCUAUGAUGGAUAGAGAGAAAAAAGACGAGCUCCCCCAAAUGCAAGUGAACUUCAUCGACACAAUCUGCCUUCCCCUAUACAAGGUGCUCUCCGACACCUUCCCCUGGAUCCUGCCCCUGUACACGGGGACGGCGGAGAACAGACAGAAAUGGCAGGACUUGGCUGAGAAGGUCGAGAUGGGGCUGACUUGGAUAGACCAUGACACAAUCGAUAAACCCAUUGAAGAGUUUACUGCCCUGAACGAGCCAAUAAAGGACGUGGAGCUGACGGUGACGACCCUGAACUGGUCGCGGCCGGCGGAGAGCUCGGCGCUGGUGAAGCCCAUCAAGCACUCCUUCAGCUCGCUGCGCCGCGGCAAGGGCUCCACUCCCGCCUCGCGCUCUAACAGGAACAAACUUUCUAGCUUGCUUCAGAUCCCUCUACGCGGCACCAAGCUCGCGCGAAGAAAUGAGAGAAGUGGAGAAGAAGCAGACGCUGGUGACAGCGGAGGCAACCAAUCACAGCACGGUGGUGGAUCCGCCAGCCAAGACGAAGCAUAAAGGCAGGCUCUGCCAUAUGUUGUGACGGUUGAGUUUUAACUGGAAUAGCCAGAACAGCACAGAAAGAGCCGAGAAGCUGGACCGAGUGAAGCCGUCCAAAUCGAUCGACUAGUUCACCAACAACCUAGGGAACUCAGGGCCCACGACGACGUUGUAAUAUUUGCCAUUUACAUGACAAUGGAUCUAGAUCAGAAUACAUUCAGGGUGUUACAAAAUACCGAGUUUGGCGACUAUAAUAAGGAUCUGUUUCUUUCUGAUAAAAUAUCCUAACACAAUAGUUCUCUCUGACAGAUAAAUUAACAGCUAGAUUUAUUUGGCCUAGUCUAUUCGAGUCGAGGUCUAUUCGACACUUGUGAAACAAUUUUAACACUAUCUGUUAAUUUGUUACAUUUAGGCUAUCUGAUCAGCAAGCGAAAUGAAUCAGGCUAUUUGUAUGAAGUAAUCGCCAGUAGUCUUUUUUAGAAGUAUUAAUAUUAACUUGAAACUUCGCAUAAGAUCUAACCGAGAUAUCUUACCAUUUCGUGAGUGUUUACUUUUUAGUGUUUUGUAACACCUGUUUAAUAUUAUUCCUUCGAAAUAUUUGAUAUUUAAAUCUUCCAGUCUAGCCCUGUUAUUCAUGUAUGUUUUGUCACGGUCGCACUUAGAAUAUUCGCCUUUGACAGAACGAGACAAAACAUGCUUUAGCUUAAAGUAUGGUUUAAUUUUUUUAUGAAUAACAUGGUAGAUCUCUAAACUACUGGAAUUCUGUAGAUGAAUGGAUCUAGAACUAAAAUAUGAAAAUUUCCCAAUUCGUAUGUGUGUAGAAUAAUUGUCUUAUAUUGAAUAUGGCAUGUCAGUCAAUGUUUCGAAAAAUACUUGUCGUCUUCAAGCCCUAAGUCGUUUUAGUAGUUACUUGUACAUUUCUACUAUUAGAAACUUAUAUUAGCUAGUUACAUCUAAUGUGAAACUAUUUAUAUAUUUGAUUGAACAAAAUUACAGUAACUUUACAACUUAUUUAUAUUUUAUUGAAUUAAUUACUUCGAUGGAUUAAUAAUUAUUAUACAACUAAAUAUAAUAUUCAAUUAUGAAAAAGAUUACUUAAAUUGACAUAAUAUUAAAGUCAAAAUCUUUGAAAACUAUUUUAAUUUCAAUAAAAUAAUAUAGCACAUAAUUACCUUUUUGUAGAUUAUAAGCUAGUUUUACCAAAUAGCAAUAUACUGAAAUGGCAAUUCUAAAUGUUAUGUGACUUUCCUAAGGUUAUAGUCAAUUAAAUGUAGCCUUAUUUUUACUAAAUUACUCAAAAGUUACCAUAGAGAUACCAUAGUGUAUUUUCUCUCAUAUUAUUAAGUCUACCCGCUUUUGCUCGGGGUCGCUUUUUUUUAAGCAUUCUAUUCUUUCUGGAAGUUAUAUAAUCGUUUGGAUUUUCCCAAUUAUAUUAAAAUAAUAAUUUUGUUCAAUCAAAGGAUAUGUUAGAAAUAUAAACAAAAGUAGAAUUUUAAUCUCUUCGUCGUUUUGACGGUAAUUUGUUUCCUGUAAAUUAGGUAUAAAUGUUUAUCUAUACGUAUUAUUUACAUAGACUGUGAUCUAGUAUUACUUCACGAGAUUCUAUUUUAAAACUAUCGAUAUUUGUGUCAAACUUGCAUCUUUUCCAACUUCAGUCGAAUAAUUUGGAGUCCGAAAAUGGAAAAUUAUUUACCGAUUUAUAUUUAUACUGGGUUUUCAAUCGAUUGGUGCAAAGCUGUAGCUACUAGUGUUAGAUCAUUUAAGCCAAAUUAAGUAUGACAACCUAUUUGUUUUACCUACGUGAUUUUAGGGGUUUUAACGAAAACUUCAUAUAAUAUAGAUAAUUGCUGGGUUGAAUUUUAACUUUCUGAAAUAUUCCACCCUGUUGCAGAAAUUGGACAAAAUGUAACUA